AACAACAAAAUAAUACUGGUGGAAGCAGCGCACAUUAUUACUGGUAUUCUCUUUAGGUUGUGAUUGGAUUUUACGGGGCUGAAAGAAACUGUAGAUUAAGAUGGAUAAAACAUAUUGUGAUAAUUGUGAAGAGCCAGGACAUCUGAAGAAAAACUGCACAUCGCUGCCAAAAGCUAAUUUGGUGGCAGCCCAGUCGAAGAAUGGCAAAGAUUUUGAAUUCAGGGAACCAUUAAGCGAUGUUAACGUUGUUGACACCCAUUGUCACAUAGAUGCACUUUUCGAAAGAAUAAGACAUAGAGGGAAUUAUGAACAGUUCAAAACACUUUUUCGUUUUCCACCCAACGUACGUGGAUGUAUUUCAUCAUUUAGUGAUCCUACCUGCUUUGGAUCAUUAGGAAUGUGGGAGAGUUUGUUUUCAGAGGAUGGUGUCUGGGGUACUUUUGGUGUACAUCCACAUAGUGCGAAAUACUACAAUGAUGAGCUUGAAGCAAAAAUUGUGGCAUGUCUUAAGCAUCCAAAAGCAUUGGCUGUAGGGGAAUGUGGGUUGGAUUAUUCUGUCAGAAGUGCAUCACCAAAAGACAAGCAAGAUAUCGCAUUUAAAAGGCAGCUCAGAAUUGCUGUUCAGUUGGACAAGCCUGUUGUGAUACAUUGUCGUGAAGCUGAAACUGACUGUUUCCAAAUCAUGAAGGACAUCUUACCUUCAGACUGGAAAAUCCACCUUCACUGCUACACUGGUGAUUUAGCCCAGGCUGAGGAAUAUUCUUCACAUUUUCCAAACCUUUAUUUUGGUGUCACAAAUCUAGUAACAUACCCUACUGCCACCCAGGUGCACCAUGAUGCCACUGAUUUGCCAUUGCGAAAGCUGGUCUUAGAAACAGAUGCUCCGUAUUUUGUUCCAAGCCGUUUAAAGGGGACAACAAGGUUCAGUACACCAGGCAUGGUGAUGUACGUUGCUGGAAAAUUAGCAGAAUUUCACAAGUGCUCACUAGACAAAGUUUUAGAAACUUGUCAAAAGAAUGCUGAGAAUCUUUAUGGGAUAUCAUUUUAACUAAAGUAUAAAUAAUAGGUAAUUUAAGAAACAUUUUUCAAGAUGUAAAAUUGCAUUGUUUUAUUGGAUGCAUGAUUCUUAAUUCAUGCCCAUUUUAAAGAAAUUGUCUGUAUGUAGUUUAAACAUACUUUUUGAAGAUAAAUAUAAAAGACAAUAACUUGUUUUGAAAAUCUACUUUGCAUCAUAAUGGUGUACGUAAGUUGAAAUUUAGACAUAACAAAGAUCGACUUUGGCUAUGAAUGAUUUUACUUGAUAUUAUAAAUUUUAUUUGCUUAUAAAUCAAUUCCUGUUCUGAAA